AUGAUCGGAUCGGUUCUUGUUCUGUGGAAUAAAGGUCCCACUCAGACAGAGUUGAUGGUGAAGGCUUGCGCAGAAAUAGUCAACGAGCUAAUUACUGCACAUGAGAACAAUAAAGACGUUAAUCUCAAUGGCUUAAAGACAAAGUACUCGAAGAGAAAUAAAUUAAAAAAUCAACCGAAAUUGGUUGAUAUAAUAGCUGCCAUACCUGAAGCAUAUAGAAAGGCACUAUUACCAAAGUUAAAAGCUAAACCUGUGAGAACAGCAAGUGGAAUCGCAGUGGUAGCAGUGAUGUGUAAACCGCACCGAUGUCCGCAUAUUGCAAUGACAGGCAACGUCUGUGU